AUGGGGUGGAAUCAAAUCCUCAGCCUCCUUUGUUUCCUCUUUUUCUUACACUCCUCCCUUCCCUUUGCCUUGCCGCUUUGCCUUCCAGACCAACAUGAUGCCUUGCUCCUCUUUAAGAAUUCCUUCGUGCUUGAUAGCGAGGCAUCGGACUCAUGUCAUGAGGAUGACCAUGUCACGUCUUAUCCAAAGACAAACUCAUGGAACAAGGGCAUGGAUUGCUGCUCAUGGGACGGUGUCACUUGUGACGGUGUCACCAGCAACGUCAUCGAACUCGAUCUUGCUUGUAGUUGGCUUCGUGGCGCUCUCCAUUCCAAUAGCUCCCUCUUUCUCCUUCGCCAUCUUCGGAGCCUCAAUCUUUCCGGUAAUAACUUUGUUGGCUCACACAUUUUCUCUAAUCUGAGUGCUUUUGCAACAUUGACUCAUCUGAAUCUCUCUAGUUUAGCUUUUUCAGGCACUAUUCCUAAUAAAAUCUCUCGCCUCUCCAAGUUGGUGUCUCUUGAUCUCUCUUCCAAUUAUAUUUCCGACACAUACUCGUUCUCUUCUCUUAGGUUGGAAAAUUCGGUCUUCUCAAUGCUUGUUCAGAAUCUAACAGCAUUGAGAAAGCUUAUUCUUGAUAAAGUAGACAUGUCCAUGGUUUCACCAAAGUCCUUUGCGAAUUUGUCUUCUUCUUUGACUUACUUAAGCGUUGAUUCCUGUUCCUUAGGGGGGAUAUUUUCAGAUACUGUUUUUCGAUUACCGAGCCUUUCUACUCUCAUUAUAAGUUACAAUGAUAACAUGUCUGGGAUUCUUCCCAAAUCCAAUUGGACUAAUCCUCUUGAUUCUUUGUAUCUUCGGUAUACGAGCUUUUCAGGAGAAAUACCCGAUUCAAUUGGUACCUUAAAGAGUUUAACAGUUUUAGAUCUUACAAAUUGCAAAUUCACAGGAAACGUCCCAUCAUCAUUGGCAGAUCUCAAGCAACUCCAAGUUCUGUAUAUUGCUGGGAAUAGCUUUAGCGGGAUUUUAGAGUUUGAAAUCUUUACAAAGCUUAAAAAUCUUCGAAAGCUUAUGGUUUCUCAGGAACUAAAUUUAACCUAUAAUACAGUGAAGUAUACAUUCCCAAAUCUUGAAGUGUUGGGGUUGUAUUCUUGUAACUUGACCGGGUUCCCCUAUUUCUUGAAUUCGUCAAAAGGGUUAACAUACUUAGACCUCUCUUUAAAUAGGAUUAGUGGGGAGAUCCCAACAUGGUUUUGGGGAGUAAGCCAUGAUACAUUGGAAUCAUUAGAUCUUUCUUAUAACCUUCUAGAGGGAUGUAUACAACAAUUGCCCUGGAAACAAUUGCAGUAUAUUUACCUUCAGAACAAUUCAUUCCAAGGACCACUCCCAAUCCCCUCACCUUCUACUUCUCACUUUUAUGCCUCCGACAAUAAUUUUACCGGUGAGAUCCCCUCUUCCAUUUGUCAGUUGAAUUCACUUUGGAGCUUAUAUUUGUCUAACAACAAUCUCUCUGGGAAUAUGCCACCCUGUUUUGGUAACAUGACCAAUCUCGAGUAUCUAAACUUGAGCGGCAACAAAUUACAAGGGUCAUUACCACGUUCCCUUGUCAAAUGCGGGAACUUACUAACACUAAUUCUCAAUGACAACGAGUUUAGUGAUAUCUUCCCACACUGGCUGGAAGCACCGUAUUUGCGUGCCCUUAUUUUGAGAUCUAACAAAUUUCAUGGUAGUAUCAACCUCACUACCUUUGGACCCUCCUUCCCCUUUCUUGAUUAUUUAGACCUUUCCUUCAACAAUUUUACUGGACCAUGGCCCACACAAGUUUUCUCAAACACAUCAUUGUCUGCAAUAGAUCUGUCCAACAACAAGUUUAGAGGGCCAAUUCCACUUCCAUCUCCCGUCACAUUUUUUUAUAGCAUUGCAAGAAACAAUAUAGCAGGAAGAAUCCCCUCUUUGAUAUGCAAUGCCACUGAGCUCGAGCACCUCGACUUGUCCGACAACGGCUUAACAGGUAGCUUGCCUCGAUGCUUAACAAAUUUUAGCAUCCAUCUGUCAAUUUUGAAUAUGCGAAUGAAUCAUCUUGAGGGCACAAUUCCCCAAUCAUUUUCUUGGAGAAAUAGCUUAUCGACUCUUGACUUGAGUCGAAAUCGAUUUGAAGGCACAUUGCCUCAGUCCCUCAUCAAAUGUAAAUAUCUGGAGAUUCUGGAUCUCAGUGACAAUCAGAUAGAGGAUACGUUCCCAAUAUGGUUCGGAACACUCCCAGAACUAAAAGUUCUCAUUUUGAGGUCCAACAAUCUUAAGGAUCUUUUGAAUAUUCCCAAGGGACCUCACUUUUUUCCCAAGUUACACAUUUUGGACCUCUCCAACAACAACUUUAGCGGUCCUUUGCCAGCCAACUUGAUAAUGAAUCUUAAAUCCAUGAUGAAUGGCGAAAAUGGGCAAGACAAGUCAUUGUAUAUGACACGGUCUUUUCAAAGGGUGGCAGAUUAUGAAAAUUCCGUGACCUUGAGUAUAAAAGGGCAGAUUGUGCCAUUGACGAUUUUGACAGUCUUCACAAUCAUUGACUUAUCGCACAACUCUUUCCAAGGAGAAAUCCCAGGAGUGAUUGGACAUCUUCACUCUCUCAUAGGGCUCAACCUUUCUCAUAACCAGCUUACUGGUUCCAUCCCUCUAAUUCUAGGGAACUUGACUAAUCUUGAAUGGCUUGAUUUAUCUUCAAACAAGCUUAGUGGGGAAAUUCCUAGAGUACUCGGAGAUUUGGCAUCCCUUGGAUACUUAAACCUCUCCAAGAACCAACUAACAGGACGCAUACCUCAAGAUAAGCACCUAAGCACAUUUUCAAGUGACUUUUUCAGUGGGAAUCCAGGUUUAUGUGGAACUCCGUUGCCAAAAUUAUGCCCUGGCGAUGGUCAACCUCCUUUGCCAUCAUCCUCGUCAAGUUUCAACCACAAAGGUCAUGAGAGUUGGUUCAAACAAAAAGAAGUGUGGAUAGGUUAUGCAUCUGGAAUCGUAAUUGGAAUUUCCAUAACUUACAUUGCGUUUGAAAUGGGAAGACCCAAAUGGCUCACACGAGGUGUGAGAAUGCUAGAGAGAAGAGCAGCUGAGUGGAUAGAGAAGCCAAAGCGAAACGCCAUCAAAUUUCAUGGAUAA